CUGAAACGUCGUAGUGGAGGCGGAGCCACUUGUCGUUACUUUCGCUUCCGGCUCUCUCGCUUAAUCUAACGCUGCGUAAUUUUAAACUAGUGUAUUUAGCUUUUAACUAACUAAUGUUAGUAACUUAACAUAUCGUUUCAGUUUAGGACAGAACCAGUUCGGAUUGCUCCUCAUCUCUGACCGUUGUUCCGACCGCUGUGGCCGAGGGUAUCAGUGAAGAUGUUGCCGGGGUGGUGGUUGUGCUUUUUGCUGGGCGCCGUGUCUGCACAGUGGGAGAGCCCAGUCUACAGGAAGGUGGGUGAUCCUGUAGUUCUCAAACCAGGCUCUGUGCCUGACACCAUCACCAGCAUCCUGUGGAAACAUGGGGACAACAUCGCCAUCCAGUGGGACCAUAGUGAUCCAGAGAUUAUUUAUUAUCGUCAAUUCAAAGUGCGUAGUAGCCUGAACAUUUCCAGUGGAGAGAUGACAAUCAGAGAGCUGACUCACAAUGACAGUGGGCUUUACAAACCAGAGAUCAAUGGGGGCAGUGACAGCAGUCUAUUUCCUGCAACUCGUCUCACAGUCAUUUCCCCCGUCCCUGUACCUCAAGUUACUGAAUCCUGUAAUGAUCAGAAGACCAGCUGUACUUUCACCUGUGAAAGUACAGCUGGUACAGACGCUGAACCGGUGACCUACGAAUGGAAGUCAGACGGAAAGGUGAUAGCAUCAUCCAAGGAGCUGCAUGUUACAAAGGAGAACAAUUCAAGUAUGUUUACUUGUGAGAUGAAGAAUCCUGUCAGUGAGAGCAGCAGCGAUCCCAUCCCCAACCCUUUCAACAACAACACUCCUUCACCGAAAACGUACACCGGACUCACAGUUUUCAUCUGUUUGCUGCUAUUUGUGCUGCUGCUUUUUGUCAUACACAGAUGGAAAGCAGGAAUGUGGUUCUUCCAAAAAGCAUCCAUGCCUUGGGAAGCAGACUUCUGGACGAAGCAAGAGAGACGCUCAAGUUACGAUGCUAAUGGGACCACUGAUCAUAAAGAGAACAAACGAACAGAAGAGGAAACACCAAUGACCUAGAUGGCCACACAACAUCAGACCAGGACCUGCCAGGUGUAAAACAGGAUCCACAAAAUCAGGAGUGAAGCUGACAUGUUCUAGAAAGUCCACAGUGGCAUUUCACUGGAAGCGGGUAUCCAGGGUGGAGUCAGUUCAGUAGCUGCUGCACUGCAGAUUGUUUUCUUGCAGUGGUUUUCCUAUGUGUCUUGUGUCAUACUUUUACAGUACACUUUCAUAAUACCGUGAUAGUAUUAUUAGCUCUAAAGAAAAUGUAAAAUGUCCUGAGCUACUAUCAAAAAACAGGUUUUUGAUUUGUUUUUAUCAUGAUUUUUUUUUUAUCAACAAACAGUGACACCAGUGAAAUACUGUCUCACUCUUCUUGUCACUCCACAUGUUGCUGGGAGCUACUUUCAGCUGAAGAAACACUAAGAAGAGGGAAUAUUAUAAAAGUUAAUCAGAAUCAAACAGACAAGGAGAGUACAAUGCAUACUCUAAGUUAAUAAAGGCACUGUCGUAGAGACAUGAAGCACACCUCAGAUUUCCCUGAGGGGUGAUUCUCAUUUCUAGAGGCACAGUAUUGAAACAAUACCAGGAAGCCCAGUAAAUGUGCUUUCCUGUGACUGUCCACAUACCUGACACCAGCUGACAUCUCGAGCUCAGUAAAUCAGGGCCUGAGGAUGAUUUGAGGGAGGUGCGGUGUGGACUCGUGCGGCUUCAUAGCGUUGGGGAACAACUUGGACUAUUUGGGGAGGAAUUGGACAGACAGUAGAGGAAAAGGGGCACCAUUGUCUGGCUCACAAUCGAGAUACUGUACAGCACUUCACUGUGUUACUGCUGAGGAGCCAGCAGCAGCUAUGUGUGUUUGUAGCAAGUAGGCAAACAAAUGUGGGAGAUUUUACACUCAAAGUCUGUUACUAUUUUUUAGUCUUCUUUAAUAGUGAUAGUAUUAUUAGCUCUAAUACUUUUUUUUUAAAUCUGUGACUGUUUAUUGUCAGUUCUAUAGACCUGAUCCCCUUGGAACACUCAUCUUUUAGUUCUGUAUUUAACUUUUAAAUGUGAACGUCAAAUUUAUGGAUUUUCCUUGGGUGCAGGUAAUACUUUAAAAAUGAACACCAGGUUUGUUCUUGCACCUUUUUUCCUUCCAAGCCUUACAUGUAGUUUAAAAGAUACAGCAGACAGUAACAGACUGUUACAAUUACUGGAUUGACUUUUAAAGAUCAGAUCAGAUGUUUUAUGUACUGUAUACACUGAGAUUUGAAAUAUUUAUGAAACCUUUUAGCUUACAGAGCUGCACUAAUUAAUUGGAAGCAUCUUUCCAUUGUAAAAGAAAAAGAACACUCCUGUUUCCACAGUUGUUGAGACAAGACAGAUAUUCAUAGCCUGUUAGCAUUUGUUAUGGUUUGUUGCAGCACUGAGCAUGUAAAGAAUGCAGAUGUUUUUAUAAUGCCUGUGUGUAAUAAAACUACAGAUUAUGAGAUGAU